GGAUCCGCUUGCAGCUGGCGGAUAGAAGCAAAAGUACGAGUACUUCAAUGAAUCUGCUAAUAUUGUCUACGCUGCUGUGCUUGGCUAGCUACGGUUCCAUUGCCCCUGUGAGUGGCAUGUUCUUUGAGCUGUCGGACAGUAAGGACGAUGAUUUCAUGGGCGGCAUAAAGCAAUACUUUGGCAGCCUGACGGCAGCGCCUGCCACUCCAGACACGAACGCCAGCCACAACAAAACUGCCGGCCAGCCGGUGGGGGCAUCAUCAUCAGACUUUUACGAUGAAGUGGACACGGCACUCGAACAUGCAACAGAUACCGUGGACGGUCUCUGGCAGCAAUUUAGAAAGGGUCUGCUUAGCCUAAUGGGCAGUUUCAGUGGCGGUGAUGAUAGCAGCGAUGUGCCAACGACUACUCCCAGUUUGCAGCAAAUGAAGCCAAUUUCGAGUGAAACGUCCGCUAUUUCAACAACUACUACAGCGCGGGCUCCAACUAUAAUAGAAAUAGUAACAAAUAAAGUAAUAACAGAUGCAGAUAUUCCAGCAACAGAGGCAACAACAACAACACCAGGAACUUCAUCGACAGUACCCACAACUACAGUUGCUCCACCCUCCACCAGCACCCCCACUUCUGGCCCAAUGUGAGUCUAGUCUGGGUUUGGAAAUAAAUAUUCUCUCGCUUGGCCUUCACAUCGGAUAUUGCUCGUCAUUGUUUGCUCUCUCCACAAAGGUACGACGAGUAUUUGUACAUCAGUAGAGUA